UUAGCUCCUCUUCGGAUUUAUUCUCCAAUGGCGUCGAUCAGUUCCUCCAAUAAUCACCUUCCGAUGAGCAAGACACGAUUAAAGCCGUUGAUUUUGAGAGAUUACCUUCUCGAUGAUCUCAGCUCUUGCUCAUCAAACGGCUUCAAAUCCUUCCCUCGUCGUCAAUCCUCCACCGUCCGUCGUCUCCUCGACGCCGAGAUCAGACGGUCACGAAUAUUCCAAAAUAAACGGCGUAUCAUCUGCGGAAUAGCGUUUACUCACGCCGUUCACAAAGCUUCGACGACGUUACUCAGCGCCGUUAAAAUCUUGCCGCUCCCUUCCUCCUCCGUUAAAUCUCCGUCUCCGUCUACAAAGAAAGGUCUUUUAUCGAGGAGCUUCUCUCGAAGCUUCUGGAAGAAACUCUCCCGCCGCGAACUCAAUAACGUCGACGGAGAAGUCGAAGAUGAUCGUGAACUAGAGAUCAAACGAUGCAAAUCAUUCGCCGAAUUUCUCCAAGAGAGUCUAGAUCAACCGUCGGAUCGGAUUUCUCAAGUUUCUCCGACGGAUUCAAAAGUUUCCGGUGAAGCGACAUUGUCGAACGCAGCCGGUGGUGACUCAGGGAGUUUCGGUAGCGAGUUAUUCACGAACUCGGAGGCGACUCAGUUAUCAUCGAGCGGCGAAUCUGAGACGUCGAACGAAAACGACGCCGUGGAAGACAGAGGAGUAGUAGUUAUGAGGAGUGGGGAUUGUGUAGGGUCACGUGUCAGUGACGGAUCGUCUGUCAACGACAACAGAGAGGAAUGCGUGAACGAAGAAAAAGAACAACUCAGUCCAAUAUCGAUCUUAGAAUGCCCAUUCGAAGAUGAUGAAAUCACUCCUCAUCAUUCGCAUCAAAAUGAAACCGAGGAGAAGAAGCUAUUGAGAAAGAGCAGAAGAUUUGAGGGUCUGGUACGACUUGAGCCUGUGGAUUUAGAUAAACGCAUAGAGCAAUAUGUGCAAAGACAAAGACAUGUUUAUGACUCUCAUCACAUGGUAGAAAAAGAAAAAGAUCAAUCCGAAAACCAAGCAAACCGUUUGUUUUCUCGAGUGAAGUCUAGAUUUAUCGAGGAACCAAACCAUUUACUAGCAUCUCACAAGGUAGACAAUCUCUUGCUUGAUUAUUUCAAAGAAAAUGGGGAUAAUGAGACAAGAGACGAUGAUAAGUUGGUGAAGAUAGUUGAAGAAUGGGUGAUGAGGACACAAGAAGAAGAAUAUAUGUUUAUGAGUUGGGAAGUCAGAGAGAAGAGAGAGAUUUAUGUGCAGGAAAUGAGAUGGGGUUGUAUCAAUGGAGAUGAGAUAAAGUAUGUGGUUGAAGAGUUGGGGAAUGGUUUCAUCACUUUCUUGAUUGAUGAACUUAUUCUUGAUUUAUCGUUGUGAGAAUAACAUUUUUGUCACAUGUUCGUUAUCAUUCAUUACAUUCUAUAUGUGAUAUGAAAU